CGCCAAACCACACAUUGUCGUCACGCGUGCCCUGCGAGAGAAGAAAGACCACAUCUUUCCGGGACGCCACAAAAAGGUGGAAAGUGCUGUUUUUUGGUGGCAGCGGUUGGUGAGUGCACUGCAGGAUGAACAAGCCGCCCGGCGGACCGCAGCCCGGCCAGCCCCCGCCAUUCCCCGGGGGCGGACCGCCGCCCAUGAUGAUGCCGCCCUUCGCUGUAAGGCCAACUAGCAUCAUGAUUGGUUCUUAUGAUGUGGCUUUACUAUCCAGACUCAAAAUGCCCCCAGGAAUGGCACCACCUCCAGGUUUCCUCCCCCCUCCGGGCAUGGGCCAGCCGCCCCCUCGCACGAUCCCCCCUCCUGGUAUGUCCCAGCCCCCUCCGGGGAUGAGUGUCCCUCCUCCUGGCAUGACCAUGCCCCCCUUCGGCCACCCCCCUCCCAUGCCUGGUAUGCCCAUGAUGCCCCCUCCAGGGAUGACCAUGCCUCCCAUGGGAAUGCCGGGGACACAGGCACAAGCACCAGGGACUACAGCUGCACCGGCUGUCACUGCGAUGGCGUCCGGGGCUCCAGGUGUGACCACGCAGGCAGAUCCAGCCGGUACCAAGGUGACGGGGUUUGUUUCCGGAUCAGACCAGCCCAUGCAAAGUGCGACAGCUGUCAAUCCACAGCUGGCCUCCGUACAGCAGGAGGGCGUGGCCGCCUCACCUGGGACGGCCUCACCUGCACAGACGUCAGAAAAGCCCAAAGAGGAGAAGAGCCCGUGGACAGAGCACAAAGCGCCGGACGGGAGGACGUACUUCUACAACUCCAAAACCAAACAGUCGACGUGGGAGAAACCUGCCGAGCUGAAGAGCCACGCGGAGCUGCUGCUGGACUCGUGUCCAUGGAAGGAGUUCAAGGCAGACAGUGGCAAGGUUUACUACUACAACUCUCAAACCAAAGAGUCGCGCUGGACCAUCCCGAAGGAGCUGGAGGAACUGCGAGCCAUGAUCGCUGCCCAGGGUCUGGACAAGCUGAAGACGGCGGGCGGGGACUCAGCCGACAGCAGCCCUGCUGCGACCACCCCGGGACAGGCGCAGCAGCAGGGAACACCUGGGCAGAUGGGAACACCUGGACAGGUGCUGACACCUGGGCAGGGCGUGGCUACACCUGGGCAAGUCAUGGCAGCUGGGCAGCAGGACAUGACGACCCAGCCUGCAUCUGUGGUGGUGGUGGUGCCUGCAGUAGACACAGCUGCAGUCGCUACACAACAGGCUGCAGAGGGAACUCCAUCAGAAGCUGACACAGACGACAAGUCUCAGCCUGGCGAGGACACGACUGACAGCGCUCCUGAGAAGAAGGAGUACGUCUACGCUAACAAGGCCGAGGCCACCGCAGCGUUUAAAGCACUGCUCAAGGAAAAGGGAGUUGCGUCCAACGCCACGUGGGAACAGGCCAUGAAGACAAUCGUCAACGACCCCCGUUACGGAGCCCUCAAGAAGCUGAAUGAGAAGAAGCAGGCCUUUAAUGCCUACAAGACGCAGAGAGCCAAGGAGGAGAAGGAGGAAGAACGACAGAGGGCCAAGGAGGCGAAGGAGAAGCUGCAGGAAUUUCUUGAAGGUCAUGAGAGGAUGACCUCAACUACCAAGUACAGGAAAGCAGAGAGCAUGUUCUGUGACCUACAGGUCUGGCAAGCGGUUCCUGAGAGAGAUCGGAAGGACCUGUACGAGGACGUCCUCUUCUUCCUGGCGAAGAAGGAGAAGGAAGACGCCAAGGUGCUGCGCAAGCGGAACAUCGCGGCGCUGAAGAACAUCCUGGACAACAUGGCCAACAUCACGUACAAGACGACGUGGUCGGAGGCCCAGCAGCACCUGCUGGAUAACCCCACCUUCGCUGAGGACGACGAGCUGCAGAACAUGGACAAGGAGGACGCUCUCAUCUGCUUUGAGGAGCACAUCAGAGCGCUGGAGAAGGAGGAGGAGGAGGAGAAGGAGCGUCAGCGGGGGCGGGAGAGACGUCAGCAGAGGAAGAACCGUGAGGGUUUCCUGGUCCUGCUGGACGAGCUGCAUGAGGCGGGACAGCUGCACUCCAUGUCCACCUGGAUGGAGCUGUACUCCAUCAUCAGCGCCGACGUCAGGUUCACCAACAUGUUAGGCCAGCCAGGGUCGACACCUCUGGACCUUUUCAAGUUCUAUGUGGAAGACCUCAAGGCUCGCUUUCAUGACGAGAAGAAAAUUAUCAAGGACAUUCUCAAGGAUAAAGACUUUACUGUGGAGGUCAACUCAAGUUUCGAAGACUUUGCGACUGCGAUUAGUUCUGACAAACGUGCAGCUACACUGGACACAGGAAACAUAAAACUGUCCUACAACAGCCUGAUUGAGAAGGCAGAGGCCAGAGAAAAGGAAAGACAGAAGGAGGAAGCCAGGAAACAACGAAGGAAGGAAGCAGCGUUUAAGAACAUGCUUAAACAGGCCACGCCACCUCUGGAUCCUACCUCAACCUGGGACGAUGUUAGGGACAGGUUUGUAAAUGAUGCAGCCUUUGACCAAAUCCUGGUGGAAUCAGAGAGAGCCAGACUCUUCAAGGAGUUCAUCCAGGCCUUGGAGACGGAGUGCAGCCACCACCACUCCAAAUCCUCCUCCAAGAAACAUUCCAAGAAGGCCAAGAAACACCGCAGCAAGAGGUCAAGGUCACACUCUGCAUCAGAGUCGGAGGAAGAGGAGAGGUCACACAGAAGGUCAUCAAAGAAGAAGAAGCGGUCACGGUCAAGAUCAAGAUCAGAAUCCACAGAUAGAUCAGACUCGGAGGAGAGCCGCAGCAGAUCCAGGAAGCACAAGAAGAAGUCGAAGAAGCGGCGGCACCGUUCCCACUCGUCCGACUCGGAGCAGGAGACCAGGAAGGCGGAGAGGAAGUCCAGAGACAAGUCGGAGUCCCGAGCGAGCCCGCCCCCGUCCGAUUCCAAGAAGGAGAAGACAGGAUGGGAUACGUCAGGUGAAAGCGACCUCAGUGAAGGGGAGCUUGAGAGCCGCAGACGAGCCCUACUCCAACAGCUAGCAGAUGACCAGUAGUCCAAGAGUCUUUCUUCUGUGUAAAUAGUGACGUCCAAGGGCAAUGGGAAGGGGGGUUAAAUCAUAGGCCCAGUAUUGAGACUGGGGCACACCUAGUGUAAAUGGGAGGCAAUUUGUGAAAAACAAACAUGACCAGAAGCAGUCUGCUGCCACCCUGGCAGUUCUGUGGUAAAUACUGAGUUGUAACUGAAGUACUGGAAGUAGUCUUCUUACGCUGACAAAAUGUUCCUGAUGGUUACGUACCCGAUGGUUCUGUAGGUGGCAUAGUUCAUGAAUCUGUAAUUAGAAUCCUGCAGAGAAUCCUACAGUAUUUCCCACAUUGUAGGGAGACAACACAAUUUACGUCCGUAUUACUAGUAAUCAGUUGUAGUAAUACAUUCAUUUUUUAAAGCUUAUAGCAUGUUUGUAGCCAUGUCCUGAAAUCACUGUUAUGCCAAAAUAAGCUUGUUUUGUCCACUGUGUUUAUUGCUUUAGAAAUGCCUGUAUCACAUACAAACCAAUUAGCAUACAAACUACUGUUGUGUUGUAGGAUCUUGACCCUGUUCGAGUUCACAGCAGGGGUUUAAAUGUUCUUUGUUUCUGACCAAACUUUUGUGUAUUAGUAAAAUAAUGUGUCUUAGUUACCAAGACAGAAAACUUCCAAGUCUGUAGAAAAUUCAUUACUUUGCAAUUUCUGGGGCCAAGUUGCAGAAUGUUGCCACAAGUGUCAUGAGAAUAUCUUUUCUACAUUAAA